UUCCUCCAUACGAUAUUAAGUCUUGUAACAAAAGCGAAUUACAUAUAUCGCAAUUAAAAAUUCUUUGGGAUGAUAAAGAAUCCCAACACAAUGCGUCAGCUAAGUCAGCUUUAUUCUAAUUCUAAACUAGAAGACAGGAAAUCUCUUCGAGCGAGAACAAUCUCUCGCAAUCUGAUGAGAAAAAUCGGCUCUCAAGGACGCCGAUUAAUUUCUCUGAAAGGCCAAGUCAGGAAGAUGACGGGAGUCUGGAGGACCAUUUUCGUAACCGGAGGCGCUGGUUACAUCGGCAGUCAUUGUAUCGUCGAGCUCCUAGAGUGCGGCUACGAUGUGGUGGCUAUAGACAACUUUGCAAACAGCGUAACAGAAACCGACGGCGAGUCCGCGGCACUCAAAAGAGUUGAGCAAAUAACAAAGAAAAAAGUUACGUUUUAUAACUGCGAUUUACUCGACAGAGAGAAGCUCGAGACCGUCUUUAACCAGCACAAAAUAGAUUGCGUGAUACAUUUCGCGGCUAUUAAAGCUGUCGGCGAAUCGAUGCAAGUUCCGCUUCAUUAUUAUCGUAAUAAUAUCAUAGGAGCUAUUAAUCUGCUUGAGGUGAUGAAAGCAGCUGGCUGUUUUCAGCUUGUAUUCAGUAGUUCUUGUACGGUAUAUGGCGAGCCUACAGAAUUACCCAUCACGGAAGAACAUGAAACCGGUAAUAUUACCAAUGUCUAUGGACGAACAAAAUAUUUUAUUGAAGAGAUGCUUAAGGAUAUAUCCAGAGCUGAAAAGAGUUGGAAUAUUAUAUCUUUACGAUAUUUCAAUCCGGUGGGUGCUCACCGAUCAGGAUUGAUCGGAGAAGAUCCGACAAAGCCAUUUACAAAUCUGAUGCCGUAUAUUGCUCAAGUCGCUUUGAGGCACAAGCCAGAAUUAGUCAUAUUCGGUGGUGAUUAUUCUACAAACGACGGUACAGGUGUCCGUGAUUACAUUCAUGUUAUGGAUUUGGCAGCCGGCCACGUGGCGGCAUUAAAUGCUUUGCACAAACAGCACCUUAGGCUAAAGAUUUACAACUUAGGCACUGGCAAUGGCGUAACUGUGUUGGAAUUAAUAAAAACGUUUGAGAAAGUCACUGGUACUACCGUGCCGUAUGUUAUAAAGGAGAGAAGAGAGGGCGACAUCGUAUCCAUGUACGCUAAUACAGAUUUGGCGAAAAAAGAAUUAGGCUGGACAGCAAAGUACAACGUUGAGCAAAUGUGUCAGGACUUCUGGACGUGGCAAUCGAUGAAUCCACAUGGUUAUCGAAUUUCAUUAAAAAAUGGAACUACUGAACACUUGAAUAAUACAUCGUAACAACAAAUUGUAUCGAGAAAAUUUUGCAAAUAAUUUAUAAUAAAGGAUCGAUACGCGUUGUCUCAUAAUUUACGUAUUUGUA